AAAUAUGAACUUUUUAAAAAUAUUAUAAAUUAUGAUAAGAAUUCUUUUCACCAGGAACAAACGAAAUAAAAUAUUUAAAGCAGCAUCUAGAUAAUAUUGAAGUAAUUAAACUUGACAAGUGUAGCACACGAAAUAUACCUAUUAUGUGCAACAAAUCAGUUGAAGCGAAUGUAUGUACCAAAUAUAGGGAAACAACUUGUGAAAUAUCUGAAAAUCAAAAUUGUAUAAUGCAUAAUAAUAAUAAUAAUAAUAAUAAUAAUAAUAAUAAUAAUAAUAAUAAUAAUAAUAAUAAUAAUAAUAAUACAAGUCUAAAAAUAAUCGAAGUCUGGAAUAAUUCAACGCAAAGAAACAAAUUUCAGAAAAAUCUGGAAAGAAAUAAUCAAAAUAAACGAAAAUUAGAUAAACAAGAAAGAGGAUUAUCCUUUGAGUCUUGGAAGAAGGAAAAGAACCUGAUGUAUAGAAAAUUGCUGAAAGAAGCAAAAGAAAACAAACAACAAGAAUUACAAAAUAAAUCGCAGGAUGUCGAACAUAAUAAAUUUUCUCAAGAAAUAAUAAAAGAAAAAGAAAUCCAACAAGGAAGUGAAUUAUCCACUAAACAAAUAGAAGAGAGUCAACAAAUAAAUAUUUUGAAAGAAAUGAACGAGAAACACAUCACCAACAACCAGAUCUGGAGAAAGGAUACGAAGCUAAAACAAGCGAAAUUAAUAAUGACGAAAAAUCCAUCUUAUCUUCAAUUAAAGAGAUCAAUGGGAUCAUCGGUAAAACUCAUAAACAGAUCUAACUCACAGUUCGACUCUUGGUUAAAUCAACUGGAUAAUAUUCUACACCAAAAAUAUCUGCGAGAACGUCGUCAUUUGGUACGAUCAUUUUAUUGUCAACCUACAUAUUACGGUAUAUAUCGUACGACUAAGUGCUACACAUAAAUGAUAUGUCAAACUAAUUGUUGCAACAGAUAUUGCGUAAUAAAACAUCUUUUAUCCUGUGAUAA